AUGACUUCUUCGGAGAGGAUGAGCAGCAGCGGCAGGAGCAAGUGCGAUCCGAUGGACCGGCGCCCCCUCGAGGAAGUUCUAGGAUCGAAACUCCUCACCAGACCCCAUACCUCCUCCAGGCAAUGUGUAAGCAUCUGCAUCCAUUCUUUCUGCGUUCUUAGAUCCAUUUCCCCGCGAUUCAUCUCUAGCGCGCCGAUCUUUCUCGAUAUUUCGCAUUUAUCCUUCGGAAUCUGUUCAUCAACUUUUCUGGCGGUCUUCCUGUUUACUCUGAUUCAACUCCGAAAAUCCGCAAUGAUCUGAGAACAUCGAUUCUGAGGAUAUUUGAUUCGAGGACGGAUACAUUGUGGAUUUUCCAUCCAAGAACCUUGGAGGUUGUUGGAAUUUGCAGUGAUGUCGCUUGUACGGAUUUCAGCGAUUAGGUUUUUCGCCUCAUUCGGUCCGCAGAUCCUUCGGAUUUCAGCGAUUAGGAUUUCAUCCAAGAAUCCUGACCGCCUUCUUCCCUGAACUGUAUAUUGUAUAUGCAGGGCGACCGAUUCAUUCCCGACAGAUCUGCGAUGGACUUCGACAUGGCCUACUACCUGCUGACAGAAACCAAGAAGGAGAAGGAGAACGCCGCCGCCGUCGCCUCCCCUUCCAAGGAAGCCUACCGGAGGCACCUCGCUGAGACCUUGCUCCCGAACCGGAGUCGAAUCCUGGCAUUCAAGGCGAAGCCCCCUUCCUCCUCCUCCGCGCAGGAGAUCUCCUCCGACCAAGCUCUCUGCAACCAGCAGUCCAAGCCAUCGCGGCAGAGGAGAUACAUCCCGCAAUCUGCGGAGCGGACGCUGGACGCCCCUGACAUUGUUGACGAUUACUACCUCAACCUACUGGACUGGGGGAGCAGCAACGUCCUCGCCAUCGCCCUCGGCCCCACCGUCUACCUCUGGGACGCCGCCGAUGGAUCCACGGCGGAGCUCACCACGGCGGAGGACGAUGUCGGGCCAGUGACCAGCGUCAGCUGGGCCCCCGACGGCCGCCACCUCGCUCUCGGCCUGAACAACUCCGAAGUCCAGCUCUGGGACACCACCUCCAAUCGUCUGGUAAGUCGCAGUAACCCUUCUUCUUCCUCUGCUACCUGUCCUUCUUCUCCUUCUUCCUCCAUACCAUUGCUCACUGGUAUUGAUGCGACUGUGGCAGCUGAGGACUCUGAGAGGGGCUCACCGAUCUCGAGUUGGGGCGCUGUCAUGGAACAACCAUAUUCUGACGACGGGGGGGAUGGACGGGAUGGUGGUGAACAACGACGUGAGGGUGAGAUCUCACGUCGUCCACACCUACAGAGGCCACCAGCAGGAGGUCUGCGGCCUGAAAUGGUCGGGCUCGGGGCAGCAACUGGCCAGCGGCGGCAACGAUAACCUCCUCCACAUCUGGGACCUCUCCGCCUCCUCCUCCUCCAGCGGCGGAGCCGCCGCUUCGCGGGCGGCGGUGGGGCAGAACGCGUGGCUGCACCGGUUCGACGACCACAUGGCCGCUGUGAAGGCCCUCGCCUGGUGCCCCUUCCAGAGCAACCUGCUCGCCUCCGGCGGCGGCGGCGGCGACCGCUGCAUCAAGUUCUGGAACACCCACACCGGCGCCUGCCUCAACUCUGUGGACACCGGCUCCCAGGUGUGCUCCCUGCUGUGGAGCAAGAACGAGAGGGAGCUUCUGAGCUCCCAUGGCUUCACCCAGAACCAGCUCACACUCUGGAAGUAUCCCUCCAUGGUGAAGAUGGCGGAGCUCACCGGCCACACCUCCCGCGUCCUCUUCAUGGCACAGGUGCGAGAACUCCGCUGCUACUGGUUCUUCCCUCUCCAUUCUUCCCCUCUGAGCUUAGCUUGUCUCUGAAAGGAUCCUCCAAUCCGCCAUCUGAAACGAAUCCUUGUUCUUCUUGUCAGAGCCCGGAUGGGUGUACAGUUGCCUCGGCAGCGGGGGAUGAGACGCUGAGGUUCUGGAACGUCUUCGGGACCCCCGAGUCGGCGGCGCAGAAGCCAGCCAAGGCCGCCACCAACCCGGCCCCGUUCUCCAGCUUCAACCACAUUAGGUGA